UUUGCAUAAAUAGCAGGGGUAUUCAGACACACAGCAUCAUCAGACCUGCAGGUGCUCACAUCUCCCAAGCAGGUCCAAAAUUGACUGAUUGGGAGCAAAUAACAUUGCUGAACAUGGAGAGUGCAGUGUUCUCCUGCGGGCUCCUUUUUCUGCUGUUCAGCCCAGCUGUUCCCAUGUGUUUACCCACUGACUUCACACUGUACGUGGAGAGGCCAGAGUGCGACUUCUGUGUGGCGAUCAACACCACCAUCUGCAUGGGCUUCUGCUACUCAAGGGACAGCAACAUGAGAGAUAUACUCGGCCCUCGCUUCCUUAUCCAGAGAGGUUGUACCUAUGACAAGGUGGAAUACCGGACGGCCAUACUACCCGGCUGUCCUCUCAACACCAACCCCGUCUUCACCUACCCCGUGGCUCUCAGCUGCCACUGUGGUGCCUGCAGGACUGACAGCAAUGAGUGCGCACACAGGGCCAGCGUGGACGGAGCGAGGUGUACCAAACCAGUAAGACGUAUCUACCCAUAUCCUGGCCAGAGCAGCUACAUGAUCCCUUUCUGAUUCUUUUCUUGUUAUCUGCUUAUCUCUUUUUCUUUUGUUAAAAUUACCAAACUGAAACUACAUGAUCCAUGAAUGUUUUGAGAAGAGACAGACUUCAUCCUUUAGCUUGUGAUAGAUACAGUGAUAUCAGUCUGUACUGGUACUUAUUGUACCAGCCUGUUUUACUGUCUUUGUUGCCCAACAUGUCUGUGCUCUUUCAGUGUUUACAAUGGGGGCUGGU